AAAUAGUCGAAGAUGACGAUAAGAUUAUACCUUUUAAUUGGAUUCAUUUUGAAGGACGUAAUGCAGAAGAAGAGGCAAAGAUGAUUGAUUAUAUUGACACUAAAGAAUGGAGAUCUAAAGCUAUGGUUAGCGUAGAAAUGGAAAAACCGUAUCGUAGAAAUUUAGAAGUCUUGAUGCAUAGAGCCGAUGUAUUAUUUUUUUCAAAAGUUUUUGCUGAAGGGAAAGGAUACAAUGACGCAGGAAAUUUUUUACAAAUAAUGGCACCAUUUUGUAAAAAUACCGCAUAUUUGUUUUGUACAUGGGGAAGUUCAGGUGCCAUGUGUUAUCACAAUCCAACACAAAUGCUGUAUAAUUCUCCUGCUUUUCCAAUACCCAAUAUUGUUGAUUCUGUAGGAGCAGGUGAUACAUUUAUUGCUGGGGUGAUCUAUGGAUUAACUCAAGAAUUAUCACCUGAUGUUUGUUUAAAAUUUGCGUGUGAAUUAGCAGGACGUAAAUGUGCACAGAUUGGUUUUAAUAAAGUUGUGGAGAGAAUGGGAAAAUUGUUUUAA